AUACAAAUACAAAAUUACAAAAACGCACAAACAUUACAGUUAUGGAGAGCGCCGGCAAACCUCCACAACUGUCCGCUUCUAAUACUAUGAAUGGAUCCAAUUGUGGCUCAAAUAAUAAAACUUCAAACAAUUCUAACAAUACAAACAAAAAGAAGAAAACAAGGACAACAUUCACGUCAUAUCAGUUGGAAGAGUUGGAGCGGGCCUUCCAGAGGGCCCCUUAUCCUGAUGUGUUCGCCCGCGAAGAACUCGCCCUAAGACUCAAUUUAAGUGAAUCCAGAGUUCAGGUCUGGUUU